AUGACUCCCCCGACUCUCCCCUCUAAACCCUCCUCUCCCCCUGUCUCACCCCCACCCCCUGUCUCACCCGCUGACCCCACUCCCUCACCCUCCUCAUCCACAACACCCCUUCUUUCAGCAUCUGAACCGCUCCCUCCUCAAAUUGACUUGGCCAUUGACGUCACUGACACCACUGAUGUCCCUCAUGCCACUGUCCCAGAGGACUGUACUCCCCCACUCCCCAAACCCCUAGCACCUGAUGUCCCAAAGGCAUCCACUUCCCCCCUCCCCACACCUGUACCACCUCAAGUCUCAGUGCCCUCUACACUCCCCUUUCCUGAUAUCUUGGAUGCCUCUUCAGUCCCAGAGCUCUCCUCUUCAGAGCCAACCGUACCAGCACUUUCCUCUCACCCAGUCCCAAAGCCCUCAUCUAUGCCCCUCUCUGCUCCCAUCUCAAAUCCCUCCUCACUUCCUCUCUCCUCUCCCCAUGUACCUCCUAUAGCAAAACCCCCUACCUCCACUCCCCCCAUUCAUCCUCUCUCAAAACCCUCCUUAUCUCCAUUCUCCUCUCCCCCUGUUCCUCCUGUCUCAAAGCUCUCCUCACCCCCUCUUUCUAGACCCUCAGCACCUCGAAAACUCUCCGGUCCGUCCCAGCCGAGACCCCCUGUUCCUCACCCUCACUCGAUAGCCAAGCCCUCCUCCCCUGCUCUCCCCAGACCCCCUCUUCCAUCUACCAAGCCCUCGUCUCCCCCUCUCCCCACCCCACUAGUCCCUCUUGCACCCAAGCCCUCCCCAGCCCCAGCCUCCUCACCAGCCCCAGCCCCAGCCCCAACCCCAGCCACAGCUCCACCACCUAGCAUCAGUAUCCUGGAGAAGCUGAUCAAAACGUGCCCUGUCUGGUUGCAGUUAGCCAUGGCCCAGGAGAAAUCCUCACUUAUACUGAAGAAAGAAACUCCUGGAGUGAGUGACAGACAAAUUAUCUUUACGCAAACACACAGGCACAUGUUGUAACUGUCUGAGCAUAACUAGCCUCACACUUUUAUUAAUCUAUUACUCAAACACCUUCUCAUAGACUCGCAAACAUAGACGUCAAAUACAUACACACACAAACACAUGAAGGGCCAGACAUCUUUAUCUGACAUAAGGGAAUAUCUCUACAGUGAUGUUUGUUAUGAUAUUGAUAGCGUGACUUUGUGCACCCAGAUCUUUUUAGUGCGUAAAAGCCCAGACCAGAAGGCCAUGGUUCUGUCAGUACGUAUUUCUAACCAGCAGGGGGAGCCUCAGGUCCAGGACGUUCUGGUUAAAGAAGAGAAGUCAUGUGAGUAUCCUAACAAGAGAUGAUCUAUAAUGUUGUAAUGCCCCUUGUAUCAACUUUGUCGUAACCUUUCACAGUUUCCCACUGAAAGGGGAUGUCUGUUUGUGUUCUGUCCUCAAACCCUAGUGAACAGUCAGUGGUAAAUAGAUAUGGGGACUAUCAGUGUUAAAGCCCUUGGUCCUGCUACCCCAUCCAUCCACACAGAACACAUGAUGCUAGCCUAUCCAUCCACACACACAGAACACAUGAUGCUAGCCUAUCCAUCCACACACACAGAACACAUGAUGCUAGCCUAUCCAUCCACACACACAGAACACAUGAUGCUAGCCCAUCCAUCCACACACACAGAACACAUGAUGCAAGCCCAUCCUUCCACACAUCUAUCCACACACACAGAACACAUGAUGCUAGCCCACCCAUCCACACAUCCAUCUACACACACAGAACACAUGAUGCUAGCCCACCCAUCCACACAUCCAUCUACACACACAGAACACAUGAUGCUAGCCCAUCCAUCCAUCCACACAUCCAUCUACACACACAGAACACAUGAUGCUAGCCCAUCCAUCCAUCCACACAUCCAUCCACACACACAGAACACAUGAUGCUAGCCCAUCCAUCCACAUCCAUCUACACACACAGAACACAUGAUGCUAGCCCAUCCAUCCACACUCACAGAACACAUUUUUACAGCUGCUAUUUGUGACAUGUGUGACUCCUGUGGUGGAGAUCGGAAGGUGAGGGUAUUCACUGUGUCACACACAGCAGACUUCCUGUCCUCUGCUCUUCUGGGCUGUAUGUCGACCAUACAGGACUUCCUGCUAUUCUGAGCUUACCAGAUCCUGGCCGCAUGUAGGGAGGUAUGUGUGUGUUUGUAUGUGUGUGUGUGUGUGUUUGUGUGUGUGUGUGUUUGUGUUUGUGUGUGUGUGUGUGUGUUUGUGUGUGUGUGCAGCCUGGUCUCAUAGACUAGACAACAAAAUAAAUAUAAAUCCAAGCCACCCUACUUUAGUUUUUGCCCUACGUAACCUUCUGUCUUAUGUAACCAUACCAAACAUAACUUAUCAUACAUACUAUGUUAUGUUUGGUAUAGUUACAUAAGACAGAAGGUUACGUAGUGCAAAAAAACAAAAGUAGGGUGGUUGGUCGGGGAUGGAUGGGUAGACAUAUAACGUGAACGUCUAGCAAUUCAAAAGGUUGUGUGUUCGAAUCUCAUCAUGGACAAUUUAAGCUAAUUAGCAACUAUGCAAAUACUUACACAUUUUAACUACUUAGCAUGUUAGCUAACCCUUCUCCUAACCCUAAUCUUAACCUUUUAACCUAACUCCUAACCCUAACCCUAACCUAACCUUAACCCUAACCCCUAACCCCUAACUCAUAAUACAUACCAUACAAAACGCAACAGACAGUAUCAGGCUAAUUGGAGUGUCCUGGAUUUACAUUUACUAUGUUACGUCUACCCCUGAGUCCAGGUUGGUGUGUGUGUGUUUGUGUGUGUGUGUGUGUGUGUGUGAGUGUGUGUGUGUGUGAGAGAGAGAUGUCCAGAUAUGUAAAGUAUCCAGUAUAACAAUAUCUGCAUGUUCAGAAUCUAUACAGUAGCUUGCAAAAGUAUUCACCCCCCUUGGCAUUUUUCCUAUUUUGUUGCCUUACAACCUGGAAUUAAAAUUGAUUUUUGGGGGGUUUGUAUCAUUUGAUUUACACAACAUGCCUACCACUUUGAAGAUGCAAAAUAUUUUUUGGGGUGAAACAAACUAGAAAUAAGACAAAAAAACUGAACUUGAGCGUGCAUAACUAUUCACUCCCCCAAAGUCAAUACUUUGUAGAGCCACGUUUUGCAGCAAUUACAGCUGCAAGUCUCUUGGGGUAUGUCUCUACAAGCUUGGCACAUCUAGCCACUGGGAUUUUUGCCCAUUCUUCAAGGCAAAACUGCUCCAGCUCCUUCAAGUUGGAUCGGUUCCGCUGGUGUACAGCAAUCUUUAAGUCAUUACACAGAUUCUCAUUUGGAUUGAGGUCUGGGCUUUGACUAGGCCAUUCCAAGGCAAUUAAAUGUUUCCUCUUAAACAACUUGAGUGUUGCUUUAGCAGUGUGCUUAGGGUCAUUGUCCUACUGGAAGGUGAACCUCCGUCCCAGUCUCAAAUCUCUGGAUGACUGAAACAGGUUUCCAUCAAGAAUUUCCCUGUAUUUAGCGCCAUCCAUCAUUCCUUCAAUUCUGACCAGUUUCCCAGUCCCUGCCAAUGAAAAACAUCCCCACAGCAUGAUGCUGCCACCACCAUGCUUCACUGUGGGGAUGGUGUUCUCGGGGUGAUGAGAGGUGUUGGGUUUGCGCCAGACAUAGCGUUUUCCUUGAUGGCCAAACAGCUCAAUUUUAGUCUCAUCUGACCAGAGUACCUUCUUCCAUAUGUUUAUGGAAUCUCCCACAUGCCUUUUGGCGAACACCAAACGUGUUUGCUUAUUAUUUUCUUUAAGCAAUGGCUUUUUUCUGGCCACUCUUCCGUAAAGCCCAGCUCUGUGGAUUGUACGGCUUAAAGUGGUCCUAUGGACAGAUACUCCAAUCUCCGCUGUGGAGCUUUGCAGCUCCUUCAGGGUUAUCUUUGGUCUCUUUGUUGCCCCUCUGAUUAAUGCCCUCCUUGCCUGGUCCGUGAGUUUUGGUGGGCGGCCCUCUCUUGGCAGGUUUGUUGUGGUGCCAUAUUCUUUCCAUUUUUUUUAUAAUGGAUUUAAUGGUGCUCCGUGGGAUGUACAUGUGCACGCACCACUUUUCCGUUAUUAAUUUUUUAGAAUCUUUUGAAAUAAGUUAUUUUUUUCAUUUCACUUCAUCAAUUUGGACUAUUUGGUAUGUCCAUUACAUGAAAUCCAAAUACAAAUCCAUUUAAAUUACAGGUUGUAAUGCAACAAAAUAAGAAAAACGCCAAGGGGGAUGAAUACUUUUGCAAGGCACUGUAUUUGUGAAGGAGUGCAUGAAAUGCACUUGGUAUGCAUGGCCUUGUAGCUACUGUAUGUCCAGUAAAUGUGUUGGCUUAGAAUUGGAACGUGCUGUUAUCUUUUGCUCAUCUUUGGGUGAGUUUAAGUUUCACUUUGCACAUUGAUAGUGACCACAGUAUGGUAAUACAUGAUAUGAGAGAGAGAGAGAGAGAGAGAGGAGAGAGGGGGGGGGGGGGGGGGGGGGAGAAAGGAACACACACUCAAAUAGCAAACAGAGAAAGAAGGAAAGAGUGUGCGAAACAGAUAGUAUACAAAGGUUAGAGACUGAACCAUAGUGAGCUAGUGCACCAUGGGUAAAUUAAGCCUAAGUGACUGCUGUAAUCCAUGAGAGGAGAGUCCUUGUAAGGGGGACCCUUAUAUAUAUAUAUAAGAGAGAGAGAGAGCUUACCAAAUUACCGUACAACAGACCACGUAUUCACCCUGCACACCCUAAUUGACAAACAAGCAAACCAAAACAAAGGCAAAGUCUUCUCAUGCUUUGUUGAUUUCAAAAAAGCUUUUGACUCAAUUUGGCAUGAGGGUCUGCUAUACAAAUUGAUGGAAAGUGGGGUUGGGGGAAAAACAUACGACAUUAUAAAAUCCAUGUACACAAACAACAAGUGUGCGGUUAAAAUUGGCAAAAAACACACACAUUUCUUUCUACAGGACCGUGGGGUGAGACAGGGAUGCAGUUUAAGCCCCACCCUCUUCAACAUAUAUAUCAACGAAUUGGCGAGGGCACUAGAACAGUCUGCAGCACCCGGCCUCACCCUACUAGAAUCUGAAGUCAAAUGUCUUCUGUUUGCUGAUGAUCUGGUGCUUCUGUCACCAACCAAGGAGGGCCUACAGCAGCACCUAGAUCUUCUUUACUGUCAGACCUGGGCCCUGACAGUAAAUCUCAGUAAGACAAAAAUAAUGGUGUUCCAAAAAAGGUCCAGUUGCCAGGACCACAAAUACAAAUUCCAUCUAGACACCGUUGCCCUAGAGCACACAAAAAACUAUACAUACCUCGGCCUAAACAUCAGCGCCACAGGUAACUUCCACAAAGCUGUGAACGAUCUGAGAGACAAGGCAAGAAGGGCCUUCUAUGCCAUCAAAAGGAACAUAAAAUUUGACAUACCAAUUAGGAUCUGGCUAAAAAUACUUGAAUCAGUUAUUGAACCCAUUGCCCUUUAUGGUUCUGAGGUCUGGGGUCCGCUCACCAACCAAGAAUUCACAAAAUGGGACAAACACCAAAUUGAGACUCUGCAUGCAGAAUUCUGCAAAAACAUCCUCCGUGUACAACGUAAAACACCAAAUAAUGCAUGCAGAGCAGAAUUAGGCCAAUACCCGCUAAUUAUCAAAAUCCAGAAAAGAGCUGUUAAAUUCUAUAACCACUUAAAAGGAAGCGAUUCCCAAACCUUCCAUAACAAAGCCAUCACCUACAGAGAGAUGAACUUGGAGAAGAGUCCCCUAAGUAAGCUUGUCCUGGGGCUCUGUUCACAAACACAAACAGACCCCACACAGCCCCAGGACAACAACAACAACAACAACAACAACAACACAAUUAGACCCAACCAAAUCAUGAGAAAACAAAAAGAGAAUUACUUGACACAUUGGAAAGAACAAACAAAUAAACAGAGCAAACUAGAAUGCUAUUUGGCCCUAAACAGAGAGUACACAGUGGCAGAAUACCUGACCACUGUGACUGACCCAAACUUAAGGAAAGCUUUGACUAUGUACAGACUCAGUGAGCAUAGCCUUGCUUUUGAGAAAGGCCGCCGUAGGCAGACCUGGCUCUCAAGAGAAGACAGGCUAUGUGCACACUGCCCACAAAAUGAGGUGGAAACUGAGCUGCACUUCCUAACCUCCUGCCAAAUGUUUAUUGUUUAUUUCACUUUUGUUUACUAUCUACUUCACUUGCUUUGGCAAUGUUAACACACGUUUCCCAUGCCAAUAAAGCCCUUAAAUUGAAUUGAAUUGAGAGAGAGAGAGAGAGAGAGAGAGAGAGAGAGAGAGAGAGAGAGAGAGAGAGAGAGAGAGAGAGAGAGAGAGAGAGAGAGAGAGAGAGAGAGAGAGAGAGAGAGAGAGAGAGAGAGGUUGAAAAUGUGUGCAACCUCUCGGCCCCAAUCUAUCCCUACUACAUGACUAAGGGAUCAUUGUGAUGUAGAAUGGUCCUCUGUAGCUCAGUUGGUACAGCAUGGCGCUUGCAACGCCAGGAUAGGGUGUGUCGUCCGAUCCCUGGGACAACCCAUAAAUAUAAAAUGUAUACACGCAGAAUUGUCGUAAGUCGCUUCAGAAUUGAUACAGUAUCAGUAUCUAAUAUCAGUAUUGAUACAGUGUCAAUAUUGAUACAGUAUUGUGUUAUAACAUCCUUUCCCUCCCCUAACAGUGAUCUACCUGGAAGGGUCUGUCCUGGUCUUUGACAACAUCUUCAAACUCAUCUCCUUCUACUGUGUCAGCCGGUAAGACAAGACUAUCCUUCAUACCCUACUGCCUGGCACUCAAAAUAUUCACUUGUUAUAAAUUAAUAAUGAUUCAUUAUCUUCCAGGGAUAUUCUCCCCUUCACUCUGAGGUUGCCUGAGGUCAUCGUCCAGGCAACCAAGUAUGAAGAUAUAGAGAUGAUAUCAACAUUAGGUUCAGGUACUUUGAAUUUGAAAUAAAUGCUGUAUUCACUUUUAUAUAGGUGUGUCUAUGGGGUAGCAUCACAUUAUCUCACAGUAAGGCAAAAAAGUGUAAGAGCAUUUUGGUGAAAUAGAGGGGAAGUGUUACAACCGUGUUGCUGUGUGAGUGAGCGGAUAUUCAGACAGUGAGGUGUCCUGUACUAAAUAUAUUAUGGCAAGCUUCCUCCUUUAAUAGCCACAAAACACAACCCUCCAGAUAAAAACAAAACCCCAUUUAUAUUCUCUCUGAUGCUUUUUGUUAAUUGUAAUGACUGAUUCUUCAUCAACAAGGAGUAUAAUUUGAACAUAAGAGUAACAUGAAAGUCUAAUGAUGGUAGUGUCAGUUUGGGGUUCAGCUCUCUAGUGAUAGCGUGAUGGUAACUCUCAGUUUCUCCUGUCAGAUUUCUGGGUCUCUCAGAUGAACAGUUCCUCUGAGGAGCCAGGACAAGGGAGCAGACCAGUAGGGCACGGCCAGGGCCAGGGUCACAGCUCGUCCUGUGAGAUCCAGCUGUCCACUGGGACCGGUAACGACCGGCUGUGGUACGUUAACCCCAUAUUCAUAGAGGAGUACUGCAGCAGCCUGGAGGCCUCCACCCCCGUCGCUGCUCCCAUCCUCAGGAGCCAGAGCCUGAACACCCCAGGCUCAGGGCAGGGGCAGGUACCCCCCAAGUUCAAACGCCCCCCACCCCGACCCCCUAAUGUCCCUGAGGGAUUGUUACUGUCACAGGGGGCCAAGCAGGGGAACAGAGGGACGUCUGAUUCCCCCUCCCCCCGCUCACCACCCCCACCUAUUAGAGUCACAGCCAAGCCAGGGCAGAAAGGAGAAGGAAACAGCAGCAAAGGCAGUGGGGAGGGAGAGAAAGCUGCUUCUCAACUUGUCUCAGAGAGAGAGGUGUCAGUUACAGCUACUGACCCAGUAGCAGCUACUCAGCCUCUACAGCAUCUGUCACCGCAUGGAGCAACAGCAGGACAUCGGCACCCAGCACCCCGGCCACCUCCACACAGGAUCCCACUUGUGCCCCUACGGCGGAUGCCCUCAGAGAAGCGUCCCCCACCCCCAGGACAGGAGCCGCCCCAGCCGGAUGGGGGCACCCUGACCCUCACCACACCCUCAAAGAAGAAGGAUGAGGGCAGUGUUGGCAUAGUGCCUGUUGCUUCACUGGUGUGCAUCGACGUCACCACCAACAUGGCAGACGAGGAGAAGGAGUUAAGAGUGGAGCCCUAUGCUGGUGAGAUAGAGACACUGCAGAGGCAAGGGACAUCAGAGACUUCAAACAGCAGUGAGGCUGUUACCGUGGCUAUACCAGCCCCUCUGACGAAGAGGGCCGCACCGCCAGUCCCACCUCCCAGAAAGAAUAAGCCCUCCCAGGCCACGCUCACUACACCUCUCGCCCCAGACAUGAUAGGUGGAGGACUUCUUUCAAUCAAUGCAUCAUUGGACAUCCCCCAGACCUCCAGCACCCCCUUGCCAGCCCGGAUGGCCAUUUCCAUCCCCGAGGGGGAGGUGAGGGAGGCCAGAGGGGCAGAUGUGUCCCUGUAUGCUCCUGAUGGUGGUGCGGCCCUCCCUGCACUGGACCAUGACUCUUACUCUACCAGCAGCACAGAGGAGGAGGCUGACACUGUGGCCAGUCGGGCUGGAGGGGCCGUUGGGACCAACAAUACCAAAGUAUAUAUAUUAAUUAUAUUUAUUUAUUCAACCUUUAUUUCCCAUGGAAGUCCCAUUUAACAUUAUUAUGCAGCUUAGCUGUGUAACUAACAUCAUCCUAACUACAAGCUUAAUUUGCUGCUGUGCCUUAGUUACUGUAUGAGAAUUUGUAUUACAUUUUCCUGUAAAAUAAUCCAAAUAAAAUACUUAUCAUUAAAAACCAGGUGUCAAUGAAGAGGACCCCUACCAUCAUGCUGGACCGGGCCAAGCAACGCCUCUCCAUGGUCAACUUCUCCAGUGUGUUCACCAACUUCAUGAGCGCUGACCAUAAGUUGCAGAAGAGGAUCGUGGAGCUGUCCCGGGACGGUAGCUCCUACUUCGGGAACCUGGUGAAGGAUUACAGGUAGGGAUCAGUUCAUCACAAGUUUUUCAGAAUCGCUUAGUUGAUGGGCUGAUUAGGGCCACACAUAUUUUAAUUCAAAGCAGAAUCUUGUUAAUUUCAACUCAUAUCUCUGUCCAGCCAUGGAAAAUGUCUCUUAAAUUUGUUACAUUUCCCCCCCAAAAAAGAUCCCUUCAGAAACCCUCAAUCGACUAAUUAAUUAAUCUAUCCCAGGGUGUAUAUUCUGGAGACCAUGGUGAAGCACAGCUCCAGCACUGAGCUGCUGCAGGAGAUCAGGCAGAUGAUGACCCAGCUGAAGAGUUACCUCAUCCAGAGCACUGAGCUGCAGAACCUACUGGAGCCCAACGUCUACACAGAGGAAAAACUAGGCAACUGCUUAUUUACUUAAUUCUCCUCGAUAUACUCAACAUUCAUCUGUCAAAACCCAGCGUUAAAAACUCCAUUCUGUAGACUCUUUACAUGCUCAAAGUUCCACUUGCUCCUUACUUUAAAUAUCCUGUUUGACACUGAAUAUGGCGGGUAGGUUAAUUUGAAGAUUCAUUUGAAGAUUAGUGAGAACUGAAGCGUUCAUAACAUUUUUGGCAAACAUGAUGGAUGUUCCCCUUAUUCUCUGUCAAACAGGAGGAAGUUGUUUAUCACAGUCUUCUCUUUGUGCGUGGUAAAUUAGUCUUUGUAGUGACACCUAUAAAAUUACAACAUGGACAGAAGACAUGGUUGUUAGUGAGGGUUGUCUCCGUUGACAUUUGAUGGCUUAAUUGGGUUGCUAGUAUACAAGAAGUCCCCUUUGAUAUACAACUUAUUUUGCCUCCAGCGUGAAAUGCUGAAUGUCAGGUUUUCCUUGCGAAAGUAUUCACCCCCCUUGGCAUUUUUCCUAUUUUGUUGGAUUUUUUUUGGGUUUGAAUCAUUUGAUUUACACAACAUGCCUACCACUUUGAAGAUGCAAAAUAUUUUUGAUUGUGAAACAAACAAGAAAUAAGACAAAAAAAACAGAAAACUUGAGUGUGCAUAACUAUUCACCCCCCCAAAGUCAAUACUUUGUAGAGCCACCUUUUGCAGCAAUUACAGCUGCAAGUCUCUUGGGGGUAUGUCUCUAUAAGCUUGGCCCAUCUAGCCACUGGGAUUUUUGCCCAUUCUUCAAGGCAAAACUGCUCCAGCUCCUUCAAGUUGGUGUACAGCAGUCUUUAAGUCAUACCACAGAUUCUCAUUUGGAUUGAGGUCUGGGCUUUGACUAGGCCAUUCCAAGACAGUUAAACGUUUCCCCUUAAACCACUUGAGUGUUGCUUUAGCAGUAUGCUUAGGGUCAUUGUCCUGCUGGAAGGUGAACCUCUGUCCCAGACACAAAUCUCUGGAUGACUGAAACAGGUUCACUGUGGGGAUGGUGUUUUCGGGGUGAUGAGAGGUGUUGGGUUUGCGCCAGACAUAGUGUUUUCCUUGAUGGCCAAAAAUAACAAUUUUAGUCUCAUCUGACCAGAGUACCUUCUUCCAUAUGUUUGGGGAGUCUCCCACAUGGCUUUUGGCGAACACCAAACGUGUUUGCUUAUUAUUUUCUUUAAGCAAUGGCUUUUUUCUGGCCACUCUUCCGUAAAGCCCAGCUCUGUGGAGUGUACGGCUUAAAGUGGUCCUAUGGACAGAUACUCCAAUCUCUGCUGUGGAGCUUUGCAGCUCCUUCAGGGUUAUCUUUGGUCUCUUUGUUGCCCCUCUGAUUAAUGCCCUCCUUGCCUGGUCCGUGAGUUUUGGUGGGCGGCCCUCUCUUGGGAGGUUUGUUGUGGUGCCAUAUUCUUUAAUAAUGGAAUUAAUGGUGCUACGUGGGAUGUUCAAAGUUUCAGAACAGGUGUAUAUAUACUGAGAUCUUUUGACAGAUCUGAAGGUAAUUGGUUGCACCAGAUCUUAUUUAGGGGCUUCAUAGCAAAGGGGGUGAACACAUAUGCACGCACCACUUUUCCAUUAUUUAUUUUGUAUACUUUUUUGAAACAAGUUAUUUUUUUCAUUUCACUUCACCAAUGUGGACUAUUUUGUGUAUGUCCAUUACAUGAAAUCCAAGUAAAAAUCCAUUGAAAUUAAAGGUUGUAAUGCAACAAAAUAGGAAAAAUGCCAAGGGGGAUGAAUACUUUUGCAAGGCACAGUGUACAAUAUACACUACCGGUCAAAAUGUUGGACACACCUACUCAUUCAACUUUGUAGAAUAGUAGUGAAGACAUCAAAACUAUGAAAUAACACAUAUGGAAUCAUGUAGUAAGCAAAAAAGUGUUAAACAGAUCAAAAUAUAAUUUAUAUUUGAGAUUCUUCAAAUAGCCACCCUUUCCCUUGAUGACAGCUUUUCACACUCUUGGCAUUCUCUCAACCAGCUUCACCUGGAAUGCUUUUCCAACAGUCUUGAAGGAGUUCCCACAUAUGCUGAGCACUUGUUGGCUGCUUUUCCUUCACUCUGCGGUCCGACUCAUCCCAAACCAUCUCAAUUUGGUUGAGGUCGGGGGAUUGUGGAGGCCAGGUCAUCUGCAGCAGUCCAUCACUCUCCUUCUUGGUAAAAUAGCCCUUACACAGCCUGGAGGUGUGUUGGGUCAUUGUCCUGUUGAAAAUCAAAUAAUAGUGCCGCUAAGCCCAAACCAGAUGGGAUGGCAAAUCACUGCAGAAUGCUGUGGUAGCCAUGAUGGUUAAGUGUGCCUUGAAUUCUAAAUCAAUCACAGACAGUGUCACUAGCAAAGCACCCCCACACCAUAACACCCCCUCCUCCAUGCUUUACGGUGGCAAAUACACAUGUGGAGAUCAUCCUUUCACCCACACCGCGUUUCACAAAGACACGGCAGUUGGAACCAAAAAUCUCCAAUUUGGACUCCAGACCAAAGGACAUUGUCCAUUGCUCGUGUUUCUUUGCCCAAGCAAGUCUCUUCUUCUUAUUGGUGUCCUUUAGUAGUUGUUUCUUUGCAGCAAUUCGACCAUGAAGGCCUGAUUCACACAGUCUCCUCUGAACAGUUGAUGUUGAGAUGUGUCUGUUACUUGAACUCUGUGAAGCUUUUAUUUGGGCUGCAAUUUCUGAGGCUGGUAACUCUAAUGAACUUAUCCUCUGCAGCAGAGGUAACUCUUGGUCUUCCAUUCCUGUGGCGGUCCUCAUGAGAGCCAGUUUUAUCAUAGCGCUUGAUGGUUUUUGCUACUGCACUUGAAGAAACGUUAAAUGUUCUUGAAGUGUUCCUUAUUGACUGACCUUCAAUUAACUUUUAUGAAGGCACACCUGUUAAUUGAAAUGCAUUCCAGGUGACUACCUCAUGAAGCUGGUUGAGAGAAUGCCAAGAGUGUGCAAAGCUGUCAUCAAGGCAAAGGGUGGCUAUUUGAAGAAUCUCAAAUAUAAAAUAUAUUUUGAUUUGUUUAACACCUUUUUGCUUACUACAUGAUUCCAUAUGUGUUAUUUCAUAGUUUUGAUGACUUCACUAUUAUUCUACAAUGUAGAAAAUAGUACAAAUGAAGAAAAACCGUUGAAUGAGUAGGUGUUCUAAAACUUUUAACCGGAUAGAUUUUUUCCUCCAUAAAGAACUACAGUAUAACUGCAGGCAAAAAUACAAUAGUUAGCAAAAACACUUUAAUUAAUCAGCUUCCAUAUUUGCACAAAGAGUAUAAUAACCAGCAGCAUUGAGUUGCCACCUUCCAGUUUCCUCCUUUACUCUUUGCACUGCACAGAAGACUAAGUGUAGCCGCAAUGUGCUCUCUCCUCAACUAGAAAUGGAGCCCAUUGAUUUCUAACCAGGGAUUUCUGUAUUUUUCCUCUCCAGAGGUGAUUAUGGAAGCUGCUCUGUGCAAGGCUGUGCUGAAGCCUCUGCGGGAGGCUGUCUACUCCGGCCUGAAGGACAUCCAUGCCAGGGGGGGCUGUCUGAAGAGACUGAGGGAGAACCAGAGUGUGGUCCUGGGUACCACCACCACAGAUCUGGGGGUCACCACCAGUGUUCCAGAGACCACUGUCAUGGAGAAGGUAGACAGUUAUGGGCUGCAUCUGAAAUUGCACAUUAUUCUCUAUGUAGUGCAUUACUUUUGACCAUUUGAUCACUUUCUAUGGCUCCUGACUUUUUGUCUUGUACAGAGUGUGUGUUUUUGUCUGCUGCUGUAUAUCUACACUGGGUAUCAUACGUAUUCACCCCCCUUGGAUUUCUUCACAUUUUAUUGUGUUACAAAGUGGGAUUAAAAUGGAUUUAAUUGUCAUUUCUAAUCAAUUAUCUAUUCAAAAUAUAUUAUUUUUUAAAGAUGAAUGAAAAAUAAAACACUAAUAUACCUUGAUUAGAUAAGUAUUAACCCCCUAGGUCAAUACAUGUUAGAAACACAUUUGGCAGCGAUUACAGCUGUGAUUCUUCUUGGGUAAGUCUCUAAGAGCUUUGCACACCUGAAUUGUGCAAUAUUUGCCCAUUAUUCUUCAAGGUGUUGGGGAUCAAUCAAUCAUUUACAUUUUUACAUUUUAGUCAUUUAGCAGACGCUCUUAUCCAGAGCGACUUACAGGAGCAAUUAGGGUUAAGUGCCUUGCUCAAGGGCACAUUUACGUCAUUUAGCAGACGCUCUUAUCCAGAGCGACUCACCAAUUGGUGCGUUCACCCUAUAGCCAGUGGGAUAACCAGUGGGGGGGGGGGGGUAGAAGGAUUACUUUAUCCUAUCCCAGGUAUUCCUUAAAGAGGUGGGGUUUCAAAUGUCUCCGGAAGGUGGUGAGUGACUCCGCUGUCCUGGCGUCGUGAGGGAGCUUGUUCCACCAUUGGGGUGCCAGAGCAGCGAACAGUUUUGACUGGGCUGAGCGGGAACUAUGCUUCCGCAGAGGAAGGGGAGCCAGCAGGCCAGAGGUGGAUGAACGCAAUGCCCUCGUUUGGGUGUAGGGACUGAUCAGAGCCCGAAGGUACAGAGGUGCCGUUCCCCUCACUGCUCCAUAGGCAAGCACCAUGGUCUUGGCGGAUGCGAGCUUCAACUGGAAGCCAGUGGAGUGUGCGGAGGAGGGGGGUGACGUGAGAGAACUUGGGAAGGUUGAACACCAGACGGGCUGCGGCAUUCUGGAUGAGUUGUAGGGGUUUAAUGGCACAGGCAGGGAGGCCAGCCAACAGCGAGUUGCAGUAGUCCAGACGGGAGAUGACAAGUGCCUGGAUUAGGACCUGUGCCGCUUCCUGUGUAAGGCAGGGUCGUACUCUCCGAAUGUUGUAGAGCAUGAACCUGCAGGAGCGGGUCACCGCCUUGAUGUUGGCGGAGAACGACAGGGGUGUUGUCCAGGGUCACGCCUAGGCUCUUCGCACUCUGGGAGGAGGACACAGCGGAGUUGUCAACCGUGAUGGCGAGAUCAUGGAACGGGCAGUCCUUCCCCGGGAGGAGAGCAGCUCCGUCUUGCCAGGGUUCAGCUUGAGGUGGUGAUCCGUCAUCCAUACUGAUAUGUCUGCCAGACAUGCAGAGAUGCGAUUCGCCACCUGGUUAUCAGAAGGGGGGAAAGGAGAAGAUUAGUUGUGUAUCGUCAGCGUAGCAAUGAUAGGAGAGGCCAUGUGAGGAUAUGACAGAGCCAAGUGACUUGGUGUAUAGGGAGAAAAGGAGAGGGCCUAGAAAUGCCCGGGGGGAAAAAUGGGAAGGGUGGUGCGGGAAAAAGUUUCCCAAAAAGGGGGAGGAGGCAGGUGGACCCCAUCCGGGGAGGCGGGGAGAGGGGGGAGAGGGGGAGAAGAAGGUUUCCCGGAUGGGGAGCAAAUUAGGGGAAAAAGGAAAGGGGAAGAGAGAAAGCUUUGCAUGGGAGGGGGGUACCAAAAAACCCCCCCUUUUUCCUCCCCCUGACGGUUUCCCGGGCUUUCGGGGGUCAAAAUCCCCCUUUCUUUUUUUUUUGGGGGGCCCCCCCCCAUUCCCUUUUUUUUUUUUCCCCCUCUCCCUUUAAACCCCCCCCCCCCCCCUUUUUGCCCCCCUUAAAACCCCCCCCUUCUAAAAAAGGGGUCACAUUUUUUUUCCCCUCGCCCCCCCCUUUUUCUGGGGGGGGGAAAAAAAAGGGGGGGGGCUUUAUAAACCGCAUUCCCCAAAACCCACCCCCCAGCCCCAAUUUUCUCAACCUUCUUUCAAAUUUGACGAAGUCAUCCACAGAGAGAGAGGAGGGGGGGGGGGGGGAUUCAGCAGGGAGGAAAAUGUGGCAAAGAGCUUCCUAGGGUUAGAGGCAGAUGCUUGGAAUUUAGAGUGGUAGAAAGUGGCCUUAGCAGCAGAAACAGAUGAAGAAAAUGUAGAGAGGAGGGAGUGAAAAGAUGCCAGGUCGGCAGGGAGUUUAGUUUUUCUUCCAUUUCCGCUCCGCUGCCCGGAGCUCUGUUCUGUGAGCUCGCAAUGAGUCAUCAAGCCACGGAGCUGGAGGGGAGGACCGAGCCGGCCGGGAGGAUAGGGGACACAGAGAGUCAAAGGAUGCAGAAAGGGAGGAGAGGAGGGUUGAGGAGGCAGAAUCAGGAGAUUGGAGGGAGAAGGAUUGAGCAGAGGGAAGAGAUGAUAGGAUGGAAGAGGAGAGAGUAGUGGGAGAGAGAGAGCGAAGGUUGCGGCCUCGCAUUACCAUCUGUGUAGGGGCAGAGUGAGUAGUGUGGGAGGAGAGCGAGAGAGAAAAGGAAACAAAGUAGUGGUCAGAGACAUGGAGGGGAGUUGCAGUGAGAUUAGUAGAAGAGCAGCAUCUAGUAAGAUGAGGUCAAGCGUAUUGCCUGCCUUGUGAGUAGGGGGGGACAGUGAGAGGGUGAGGUCAAAAGAGGAGAGGAGUGGAAAGAAGGAGGCAGAGAGAAAUGAGUCAAAUGUGGACGUAGGGAGGUUGAAAUCCGCCAAAACUGUGAGGGGUGAGCCAUCCUCAGGAAAGGAACUUAUCAAGGCGUCAAGCUCAUUGAUGAACUCUCCAAGGGAACCUGGAGGGCGAUAGAUGACAAGGAUAUUAAGCUUAAAUGGGCUAGUGACUGUGACAGCAUGGAAUUCAAAUGAGGAGAUAGACAGAUGGGUUAGGGGAAAAAUUGAGAAUGUCCACUUGGGAGAGAUGAGGAUUCCUGUGCCACCACCCCUCUGACCAGAUGCUCUCGGGGUAUGCGAGAACACAUGGUCAGACGAGGAGAGAGCAGUAGGAGUAGCAGUGUUUUCAGUGGUAAUCCAUGUUUCCGUCAGCGCCAGGAAGUCGAGGGACUGGAGAUUAGCAUAGGCUGGGAUGAAGUCAGCUUUGUUGGCAGCAGAACGGCAGUUCCAGAGGCUGCCUGAGACCUGGAACUCCAGGUGUGGGGUGCGUGCAGGGACCACCAGGUUAGAGAGGCAGCAGCCACGCGGUGUGGGGCGUUUGUGUAGCCUGUGCAGAGAGGAGAGAACAGGGAUAGGCAGAGGCAUAGUUGACAGGCUGUAGCAAAUGGCUACAAUAAUGCAGAGGAGAUCGGAAUGAAAUGAACUAAACAUCUGGGAGAGUAGAGAGCAGGGCCUCCCUCACCAAAAACUUCUACCUCAGAAACUAUAAUUGUUUCACUGAACCACCCGAACAAAAACUCUACCAACUUCCACCUCUAGAAAUCAGAAUUGUUGUGAACCACAGCGGUUCAAUGUUUAAAGGAAUAGACUCAACCCACUUUAUUCAGCUAGCUAACUAUGACACCAUAGCUAACUAGCAUGCUAGCAUCCAAAAACACACAGUUUAGCACCAACACUUGGUCACAACAAACCACUAAUAGUGUGUUAACACACUAAGCAGAUAAUUCGUGUCCGUGUCUGUUGGCUAGCUAGCAAUGGCCACUGUGUUGACCUUGUUUGAAGAACGGCUAGCUAGCUAGCUUCGUGCUACCCCCGGCACCGCCGAAAAACAAUGCCAACCCACAGUAACUACCCACAACAGCCCACGAUGCCUAGCUAUGACGCCAUAGCUAACUAGCAUGCUAGCAUCCAAUAACACACAGUUUAGCACCAAUACUUGGUUACAGCAAACUACCAAGAGUGUGUUAACACACUAAACAGAUAAUUCAUGUCCGUGUCUAGUUCCUUUCGUAACGCAGCAAAAAUUAAACGUUGUCUAGCUAGCACAUUAACAUUGGAAACAACUCUCCACCGUUGCACUAAACAGAUAAUUACCAAUAAACGUUACCAGUAGCUACCCGCUAGCUAGCUAGCAUACCAAGAGUGUGUUAACACACUAAACAGAUAAUUCAUGUCCGUGUCUAGUUCCUUUCAUAACGCAGCAGAAAAAUUAAACGUUGGCUAGCUAGCACAUUAGCUAGCACAUUAACAUUGGAAACCACUCUCCACCAUUGCACUAAACAGAUAAUUACCAAUAAACGUUACCAGUAGCUACCCGCUAGCUAGCUAGCCUUGUGCUUCGCCGGGCUCCGCCGUAACAAUACUUAAACAAUACGUAAUCAAUCAAAUGUAUUUAUAAAGCCCUUUUACAUCUGCAGAUGUCACAAAGUGCUAUUGUCACGAUCGUCAUAAUGAGUGGACCAAGGCGCAGCGUGAUAUGCGUACAUCUUUUAUUUAGUACACACAUGAACAAAACAAUAAACCAAACGAUACGUGAAGUCCUAGGUUAAUACAAAACAAACCUUACGGAACAAGAUCCCACGAAUCACAAGUGCACAAAAGGCUGCCUAAGUAUUGUUCCCAAUCAGAGACAACAAGCAACAGCUGAUUCUCGUUGCCUCUGAUUGAGAACCACCCCGGACAACAUAGAAACACAUAACCUAGAACAGAACAUAGGAAACGAAACAUAGACACUACACAAAGAAACUAACACCCUGGCUCAACAUACAAGAGUCCCCAGAGCCAGGGCGUGACAGUACCCCCCCCCAAAGGCGCGGACUGCGACCGCGCCAACAUAAACCCAACAGGGGAGGGGCCGGGUGGGCAUUCCACCUCGGAGGCGGAUCCGGCUCCGGGCGUGACCACCACCCUCUAACAACCCCCCCGUAGCGCCCCUGGUCUGGUCUGGCCCCGCUAGCUGGAGCUGGACUGGACAUCGGUGGAGCGGAUUGCUUAGGCUCCGGUGUGGAGCAGCUGACCGGUACCAGACCAGGCACCGGUGCAACAGGCACGGGCUGUGCCGGACUGACGACGCGCACUACAGGCUUGGUGCGGGGAGCAGGAAUGGGCCGGACCGGGCUGACGACGCGCACCACUGACUUGGUGCGGGGAGCAGGAACGGGCCGGACCGGGCUGACGAUGCGCACCACUGGCUUGGUGCGGGGAGCAGGAACAGGCCGGGCCGGGCUGGCAACGCGCACCACAGGGUUGGUGCGGGGAGCAGGAACAGGCCAUACCGGGCUGGCUACGCGCACCACAGGCUUAGUGCGAGGGGCAGGAACAGGCCGGGCCGGGCUGGCGACGCGCACCACAGGCUUGGUGCGAGGGGCAGGAACAGGCCGGGCCGGGCCGGGCUGGCGACGCGCACCACAGGCUUGGUGCGAGGGGCAGGAACAGGCCGGACCGGGCUGGCGACGCGCACCACAGGCUUGGUGCGGGGAGCAGGAACAGGCCGGGCCGGGCUGGCGACGCGCACCACAGGCUUGGUGCGAGGGGCAGGAACAGGCCGGACCGGGCUGGCGACGCGCACCACAGGCUUGGUGCGGGGAGCAGGAACAGGCCGGACCGGGCUGUGGAGACGGACUGGAGGUCUGGAGCGAAGAGCUGACACAACCCGUCCUGGCUGAAUGCCUAUUUUUACACACUCUGUGUGAGGCAUCAGCACAGGACGUACAGGGCUGUGUACUCGUACUGGCACUACAGCACGUGACACUGGCGCAGGAUAUCCGGGACCGAGGAGGGGUACUGGAGGCCACGAGCGUUAAGCCGGCACACUCCGUCCUGGCUGCAUGCCCACCUUAGCACGACACGUGCGUGGUGCUCGCACAGGACGUACCGGACUGUGCCGGACCACUCGCGGCACAGUACGCAGCUCCGCAUACCUCGGAACAUGCCCAGUCUCACGCUGCCUAGCCUGAGUACGGGGAGUUGGCUCUGAUCUACCUCUAGGCUCCACCAACCUCCCUUCAAGCCCCUCAAACCCGGUGGCCUCCUCUCCUAAUCCCCAAACUCGCCCCGUAGCUGCCUCCAGCAGCCCUGUCGUCCAUGCCGUGUGCCCCCCCCCCAAAAAAAUUAUUGGGGUUGCCUCUUGCGUGUCCGACGUCGGCCCGGUUGGCGCCGCUGCUCCUCUCUAUGGCGCGCCUCCACCGUCUCCUCCCACGGACGGCGAUCCAUUCCAGCCUGGAUUUCCUCCCAAGUCCAGGACCCCUGCCCAUCCAAGAUCUCCUCCCAAAUCCAGGCUGUCUGCUCCUGGACACGCUGCUUGGUCCUGUUUUGGUGGGAUCUUCUGUCACGAUCGUUAUACACAGCGGACCAAGGCGCAGCGUGAUAUGCGUACAUCUUUUAUUUAGUACACACACGAACAAAACAAUAAACCAAACGAUACGUGAAGUCCUAGGUUAAUACAAAACAAACCUUACGGAACAAGAUCCCACGAAUCACAAGUGCACAAAAGGCUGCCUAAGUAUUGUUCCCAAUCAGAGACAACAAGCAACAGCUGAUUCUCGUUGCCUCUGAUUGAGAACCACCCCGGCCAACAUAGAAACACAUAACCUAGAACAGAACAUAGGAAACGAAACAUAGACACUACACAAAGAAACUAACACCCUGGCUCAACAUACAAGAGUCCCCAGAGCCAGGGCGUGACAGCUAUACAGAAACCCAGCCUAAAACCCCAAACAGCAAGCAACGCAGAUGUAGAAGCACAGUGCUAGAAACGUAGAAACAUAGGAAGAAACCUAGAGAGGAACCAGGCUCUGAGGGGUGGCCAGCCCCUUCUGGCUGUGCCGGGUGGAGAUUAUAACAGUACAUGGCCAUUAAGGCCAGAUCUUUCUCCAAGAUGUUCAAACGUUCAUAGAUGGCCAGCUGGGUCAAAUAAUAAUCACAGUGGUUGUAGAGGUUGCAACAGGUCAGUACAUCAGGAGUAAAUGUCACUUGGCUUUUCAUAGUCGGGCAUUUAGAGGUUGAAAUAACAGGUGCGGUAGAGAGAGAGAGCAUUGUAGAAUUUUCUUUUCACCUUGACAUUAUGUAGUAUUUUGUGUAGAUCAAUGACAAAAAAAAUCACAAUUGAAGAUGCACUAUGCAGAAUUCGCUCCACCAUUUCCUGGUUGCUAAAAUUCAAAUAGUUCGCUUAAUUUCAGUUUAUGUGACAAGUACAGUGUGUAGAAUCAUUGCACCAUCUAAACCGCUGUGAAAUAUAUUUUCCAUAACCCAAAAUAUAUUAUGUUCAGCUGUUUGAAGCUGGUGUACAAAACUGAAAGUAAAAGACGCAAAAACAAAACUUAAGAUUGGGAAGCAUAGAAAUAGUGCAUAUAGAACAGAUCUUUCAAUGAGAAUGACAUAUCUAUAACACACAUUUCUAUGUGAAUUUGUCUGGGUAGCCCAAAAAGUUACAUAUUGCAGCUUUUCACAAAAUGUGAAAAAGUCCAAGGGGGGUGAAUACCCACUGUAUAUCUAUCUAUCUACUGUAUUUAUCUAUCUUAGAUCCAGCUGAAGCUGAUGACCCUCCACUUGGAGUACUCCCCUCAGAAGAAGAUUGAUCUGCUCCUCAAGACCUGCAAGAUCAUAUAUGAGUCCAUGUCUAUAGGCUGCCCAGGUGAGGCACUGUCUUUGUUGCCUGGUAGAUUUUGGUGGUUAAAUUAUAAUGAUCUUUGUCAUGUUUGCUAGUGUAACAGUAGUCUCACAAUGCCAUCCUCCCAAGUCUUGUUUAUUACUCGACUACCUCCAAACGAACGUCAGGAAGCAUGGAAAUCAAGGCUAGUAUAAGAGUGCAGAUUGAAGUUGAUGAUGAUUGAUCAUUACUGCCUGACGACACCAGUGUCUACAAAUACCUGACUGUCGCGUGAACUGAUUGAGAUGACGGUUGACAGGGAGAGCCCAUGGCGUAGAUGACUUCCUCCCAGUGCUGAUGUACGUCCUGGCCAGGAGCAACAUGGCCUUCCUGCUACUGGAUGUAGAGUACAUGAUGGAGCUGAUGGACCCUGCACUACAGCUAGGAGAAGGUAGGGACAAACGAAAUGCCAUACACACACACACACACACACAAAGGCAAGAUCACAUACACAGCCCACACGCAAACACACACGCGGACACGCACACACAUUAACCACUGUACCCAAACACACAGAUAGUACCCCUGUUAAUGGUGACUAUCUUUUGUGUGUGUGUCACCAGGCUCCUACUACCUGACGACCACGUAUGGAGCGUUGGAGCACAUAAAGAACUAUGACAAGCAGGCGGUGACACAGCAGCUCAGUCUGGAGAUCCAGGAUUCUAUCCACCGCUGGGAGAAGAGACGCACCCUGAACAAGGCCCGGCUGUCAUGCUCGUCUGUACAGGUCCGUUUGGGCCACCAUAUGAAUAGAAUACAAUAUGUCACUGCAGUAUUGUGAUAUUGGAUAAUUAUGACUAUAUAAGUAUUCUUUGAAAUUGUAAUUGGCAUUACAAAAAUCUGAUGUCCUCCCGCUUUUUGCUCUGGUCCCAUUCCAGGACUUCAUCAACGUGUCGUUCCUGGAGGCGGGGUCUAACACUAAGACCCUGGGAGUCCACCCCACCACCACGGCCCAGGAUCUGUGUGCCCAGUGUGCUGACAAGUUUGAAGUGCUGGAGCCAGAGUCCUACAGGUACAUUCUCCUGCCGUUGUGCCCUUGAGCAAGGCAUUUAACCCCUAAACACUACUCCAUCUCCAUCCAGGCGCGCUGAUCUGUGACUGACCCUGUGCCUGUCAAUACUGUAUGUGUAUGUUUCUGGGGUGGUUGAUGUAGGCAAAAGACACAUUUCCCUUUCUCACAAAAUGAACAAUAAAGUAUAUAUUCUAUUCUAUUCUAUUCUAUUCUAUUCUAUUCUAUUCUAUUCUAUUCUACAGCCUGAGUGUGCUAGUGGAGGGCCACUACCAGCCCCUGGCCCCUGAGGAGUUCCCCCUCACCAUCAAGUCUAGUCUCCACCACAGUGAGCCCCGCAAGGCCUUCUACUUUGUCUACCGGCCUGGAAGGACAGAGUCAGAAGGGCAGGAGGCAGAGAGUGAGGAGACAGCUACCGCAGCGGAGCCAGAGCCUGACGAGGAGAAUAAUCUGAUCGAGAUAUGA